AUCCAUGGAGAUUAUGUAAAUUGUGCAACGAGAACGGUUUUGCGAACGCUGAAUGGUUUUAUGCUAGCCCUGAAAGUGACCCACACAACAGGAGUAUACGCAUAGGUAACAGAAGAACACCGUAGUGGAUGAGAUGGACGAUUUCAACGAUAGCUUCGUGAAGGACGAUGUUGUCUUCGACGAAUCUGAUGCAUGGAACGCGGAGGAAGGCGUCUUUGACCCUUUUCAGAUUGGAGCUGCAUGUGCGGAAAAGUUGCAAAGCAAGAAAUUGACGGCUGAUCCUACUGUAUCGACGGAUAACCAAUCAACACGUUCAGAGAACGGAUCGACGGUGAAAUCAAAUACGUCUUCUGCUCUCCCGCCAAGAUUGAUGAUCAACUUCCAAGUUCAUGAAGAAAUCUCGUCAACGGCACAUCUGUCUAACGAACAAGAAGGGGCAUCAGACGUUCAAAUCCAGGGAACAUUAAUGGUAAGUUUUUUUUUGGCAGAAUGAAGGUCUCUCUCUCUCUCUUCGACGGUUUUCAAGAUGACUCGGAUCGGAUCGGAACGUUACCUAAUCCUUUUCCCUCUCAAUUUCAAAAUGAAAACAGGCACAAGUUGUUUCCUCAGACGCCCUAAAAAAUAUUCCAUUUCUCCUAGAGUCAAAAACCCGCAAACAAAAUGGAAGUUUUGAAUUUAUACCAAAUAAUGUAUAUGCUAAAGGAGUUGGACAACAGGAUGAAAACAAUUUUAAAAAUAUGAGUGUUGUCACUAUUCCAAAAGAAGUUCUCGGAUUUGUGAAUGUUGGAACGUAUCGAAUUGCACAGAGCAUGGAACACAUGCCACUGGUAAGAAAUAUUCAGAGACGAUUGACUGUAUUGAAUCAACACUGUUUGUUGUUUGCUUUUUACAGAUUUUUCAAUUUUUUUGCUAAAUUUCUUUCUGYUUGAUUGCGAAACCUUCUCAUGAAUUUUAUGUGUAGCUCUUGGAACAGAAAGUCCUUCAUUCAAAAUCCACAAUCAAGGUUGCAAUACAAGUGAGAUCGAAAUUAUCAAAUCCCGAUGAUUUAUCGGAAUUCUCAAUAGUUGUAUUCAUACCCAGUGCUGUGGAUAAGGAUUCGGUUACGAUAGCAUCAGGCAACGGAGAAUUUGACUCUUUUAAACGAUGCAUCACUUGGGGAAUGGAAAUGUUGCCCAAGGGUGAGUCUUUUAUGGUGAGUGCGAAGUGCGCACUUGACAAGAUAUUUGUAGCCUCUCAAGGGGCCAAGGUGCUCGAGGAGUUAAAUUUCCCAGUGAUGUUACGCUGUCGGUCGAAAGAUCGAUUGGGUUCUGUUCGGUUUGAAACUAUGGAAGCGGAUGGGCACCCCGCGACCAUUUCUUCAUCGGUCGUUGGGAAAUCGUAUCGAAUCGUGCAUCGGUUGAAUUAGUGCAAUUGACCACCUCGCACGAUGGCGAGUUCUGGUUACCGAUCCUUGCUUUCACUGCGAAUUAAGACCCGGUCAACUUUAGCAUUGAACAGAACUUGUUAUAUUUUCAACGACCCGAAUUUUGGCAUUGAACCGUGUUGCCAGACGUGGCUUCCGACCCAAACUCUUUUGGAUGAGAAAGUUGGGCCCGAGUUUAUCAUCAUCGUAUUGACAACAAUUGAUUAGUUUUACGAACGAUUAAAAGCUGUCAUGAUGGGGCGGAGACAUGGUUGUGUAUAAUUUCCGUCAUCCAAUUCUGCUUCUUACUUCGUUAUAAGACGAAAGACAUGUCCGAUAAGGAGUUUCUCAUCACUCUUGUUGUAUAGUCUCCAAUUUAUUGAACGGAACAACAAAGUAAAUUGUCAAUCGAAAGCCAAAGAUUUGAUCAAGAUUCGCCAUUUUCGAGAUAAUAUAAUUUCAUGAUCCUUUUGUUGCAUCGAACACCGUACUGUACUGGGCCAAGAACGUCUGAUACUUUAGUUUUUCAAAACUGAAGUUGAUGGUGUACAAGAAGGGCGACGAUUGGCAUAUGGUAUGUAACGCAUGAAACAAGCUGUAGUGCUGUCACACUAGUAGUACUACUAUAGUUUAUGGCUGACUUUAAGAUAAUUAGGUGACACA